AUGGGCCUCGUUGUUGUUCCAGCCACUCUACCCGACAUUCAAGCUAUCUAUGAUGUCUGGUUCGCCGCCUUCAAAGGCCAGUUGAUUCUUGAUCUCAUCUACCCUGGAACCGACCUGAAUGAUGAGGAGUUCCGCAAGAUUCACACCGAAGGUACUCUCGAGUACUGGAAGGGGCUGAGCAUGGAACACACCUUCCAAUGCAUCGACACCGACACCGGCAAAGUUGUCGGUAUGGCAACAUGGCAAGUCUACUGGCGUGAGAGGACCGAUGAAGAGCGCCAAAAGCCUUGGAUCGGAUGGCUAGAAGGCGACCAAAGAGAGCGCGCAGAAGGCUUCUUGGAGCAACUUUGGGAAAAGAAAGAAAAGCUCCUUGGUGCAAAGAAGCACGUUUAUUGUCACACUGUUGCAGUCCAUCCUGAUUACCAAGGCAAAGGCGUUGGAGCCCGCCUGAUGAAAUGGGGAAUGGCUGUUGCCGAAGAAUUGAACUUGCCAGUUUACCUCGAGUCCACCGUGGAGGGAGUUCCGUUGUACAAGAAACUUGGAUUCGAAACUUUGUCCGAGAAUAUCGUAUUCAGGCCGGAGAUUACCAGAGUGGACAGGGAGGUCAAGGCUCCGUUGAUGGUGAAAAUGCCUGCCGCUGCUGGAACCACUACCUUCGAAGCGUGGGCGGCAAACUAA